AUGUCCUCAAUGGUGUGGAAUUUUUUCCAGAAACCCGACUUUCCUGUCGAAUACGUUCCGUGUUCGAAAUGUAACGUUUUGUUGGCAUACAAAGGAACGACGUCUGGCUUGAAGAAACAUUUGAAGGCCAAACAUUUCGCCGAUUAUCAACGGAUUAUGAUGCAGAAGGGCGUCACCGGCACUUCAAAUUGCAACUACAACCACUCGGAACUGCUCCUGGCGCGCGCAUUCUGCACCGGCCACGUUCCCUACGAAUUCGUCGAAAACCCAGAAUUCAAAUUUUUCCUCAACUCGCUAAAUUGCGAAUUCAAAGUUCCAAGUAUGAAUCGAAUUCGUGAGGUUUUGAUGGUCAAUACGUCGUCGCUCAUCAGACAAAAUACGUUUGAAUUGAGCAGAGCAAAGGAUUAUGUGAUUAUCACUGAUGGACUAUCAGAAUCUAAAUUUGAGAGUCCCACAUUUUUAUCAGUAUACGUGUCACACGUGGAUCAGUAUACUUUCGAGAGGAAGGUUUUGCUCUGCGGACUGACCUACAUCGACGAGAAAUCGGAUCGAGCUGGAAAUAUGAGAAGAGUGCAAAAUUUGGUCGAUAGUGUUGGCCUAAAAUUUCAAGAAAAUCAAAUUAUCGUCUGUGAUAUGGACCAGAAUCUGAAGGAAAAUGAAUUAAGUAUUAGAAAUAUUCCUUGUGCCGGCCACGCGAUCAGUCAAAUUUUCGAAGAAUUUGGAUCCCGAGUGAAAAACGCGGCAAAAAUUCAUCAAGACAUCAAACAGAUCUUCGCGGUACUGGAGGAGGAUGAGGCGAGGCUGGCAAAGGCUCUUUCAUUACAAAAAGACUACAAAGUCCAGAUUCCACUUCCCUUAAAAUCGUCCACAAGCAAAUGGGGCUCGCUUUUUACGGAUAUGCAGGGAUACAUAACGAAUGAAGCCUACUUUGUCUUUGUCCCAAAUCUCGGCGCUAAAGAACACCAACUGCUCAACUCUCGGAAACUUUCGGAAGCUCAAAAUUUCGUAAAACUCUUGCAACCACUUCACAUAGCUCUAGAAGCGUUGACCUCUGAAAACUCGUUUUGCUCGGAUAUCGUGCCAAACUUGUUGUGUGCCAAGGAAGAUUUUGAUGAGAACGAUCCAUCGGCCGUGGUGUUGGCCGAGCUGGUUCAGGAGAAAAUCACUGCCUAUCUGAGCAAUGACAUCAUUCUCGUGUCCAUGAUCUCGGACCCUAGGUAUGCCUAUGUUCCGAAUCUGGUUGAUCCAAGGACAUGGCAAGAGGCUGAACAGCUUUUGAUUGCUGAGGAAACUGUAGCUAGCGCUUUAUCGUCGAUUAGUCCGAAUACAGUGAAAGACGAAGGAUCGGAAGAGACGGCGAGAGGGCUGGCUGGUCUGUUGAAGAGAAAAAUCAAAAGCGAGUGUCCGGCGAAGAAUUUGACGUCCGAACUCCUGCACUACCAAGCCCUGAUGGCCACCAACCGACCUUGCCACACCUCGGAUCCUCUCCAAUUCUGGAAAGAUCAACAACACAAUCUUCCAAAGCUGGCAUCCCUCUCAAUCAAGAAUCUCGUCGCGAUGGCCUCAACUACAGUAUCCGAGAAGCUGUUCCGAAAAUGUUCAGGAGUUAUUAACUCAAAGGUCUCAAGAAUCGACAAACGGGACAUCGAGCUGUAUCUUCUGGAGAAUGCAAUCUCGCCAAAACUUGAUUUACUUGAAGAAGAGAGUUCAAGCUACCAAGAGCCAGAGCCAGAAUCAUAUCUAGACAACACAUUUUUGGAUUUCACGAGUGCUCCUGAAGAGCCAACGACUUCACAACUCUCUGAUGUGAAACUAGAACCCGAGGAUCCUGUACGAUCAUCACCACGACCAAUGCCAGAGUUUGGGCAACCGUCGAUCAUCCAACCACCACUAAUUGCUCCAUCUCUCAUUGCUCAUCGUCCACCGCAGCUGACGCAUCAACCCCGGCUAUCACCAGCUAUGAUGGCUGCCAAUAACUUUCCAAUCAAUCCAGCACUGAAUCCACCAAGCCUAGGCAGUAAUCCGGCUAGCCGAAUCAGUAGCCGAAUCGCACCGCCCAUUCCGACCAGCACUUCUCGCCCUAUUUUUUUCAAGGAUAAUCGGCUUUAA